AUGAAUAAUAAAUCUGAAUUAUCUAGAGCAAACACAAUGAAAUCUCUCAAUAAUAACAAUUAAUAUAGUCCUAAAUUAUUUAUAUCUCAAAACACAUCAAUAGGUUUUCUAAAUGAAUAGAACAGUUAUUUAACAAGAUCAUUAUCCCCUAGUCCAAAUCGUCAUGA